AACAUGAAAUGUAUAAUCACAUUCUACCAUAAACACGAGGGUGGAUAUCGUUGAUGGCAUUGGGCGCAGAAGAUUAGACGACGAGCUCGUGGUGUUGUUGCAAAGAAAGUGGCUGCUGCAGCUCUUUGUCUGCAUUGUAUCGCUGCUUGUCGCCGGUCGAUGUCUAUCGUCUUCGUGCUGUAUUGAUGUUGUGUUAUGUAAGACUCGGCCAGUUCUGUUUGGCUAACCAAAAGAUUGUUCCUUCUCUUCUUCCCUGUUCUUCCUCUUAUCUCGUCAUGGCUCUCGUCGUGUCUCUCUCUGUGCGCCCGUCCCUCCUUCCCGCUGCGGUCGAUCGGUGCUGCCGCCGACUUUUUCGGUCUCCGUCUCCUGCUUCAUGCGCCACCAAUGCUACCAACAACCAAUACUCUGACUCUUCGAUCCCAAAGAUCAUUACUGCCCCUGCAAGCCCCACUCGAACGCAGAGUAUUGCUCUGCUCAAGAACGGGCUGCCGAUCAAGUCAGCUAUGAAGAGUCCUGUCGUGUCCGCUGAACUCAGCUGCGCGACUCCACUGUCGCACCGCAGGCCAUCGCCGAUCCGCUCACAUACCUCGCCCACGCCCCACAGUCCCAAAUUUGUCCACUUCAACGCCCAAUUGGAACAUAUCCGUCUAUUCUUGCAGGGCGAGAUGCCCUCCUGCGUUGCUGAACGCGAGACCAUUGUCGAUACCCAGAAUAAGGACGAACCAACAAGCGACAUCAAGUUGACCCUGACCAAUUGGAGCCCCGUUUCCAAGGGCGCCUUUCAACCUGGCAACAUCGAUGAUGGCGCUCCCCCAUUGCGCGUUGAAAACAUCAAGAUGUCUGAGGACCAGACAGGGUUGGUGGGUACGGUCUUGAUCCAGAACAUUGCCUUCCAUAAGCAUGUCUCUGUGCGGUACACCAUCGACUUUUGGCAAACCCAAUCAGAAGUCAGCGCAGAAUUUGAGGGUUCGAUCCCUGGUUCGGCUUUGGACCGGUUCGCGUUCAAGGUUGCCCUGGACAUGGAUAAGUCUGUGGUAGAGAAGACAUUCUGCUUUGCUGUGCGGUAUCAGGUGAUCGGGCGAGAAUUCUGGGACAGCAACAAUGGAAUGAACUAUCAGGUCGAAUGCAAGCGCGUCGUCGUGGUUACACCGCCAGUCACGUCGGACUUGUCCAAGCAGAUGAACACCAUCCUCUUUGCUUCUCAUCUCCCCGACUAUGGUAAACCAGUUCUCAAGAAGAAGACUGGCGGACGAUACGACCUGUCGACAUCACUCUCUGCCGCAUACAGCCAGCCCAGCGGUACCCCCAUUCGAUCUCCUUCGCCCAAGCACGAUAUGCCUCCUAUGAGCCAGACAGCCUACCGGCCGAGCGAGUACAUCACGCCGAUCCAGUCGCCUCCUGGCUAUCACCAUUCGCUGUACGCUUCAUCCCCCAAGUUCAUGGACUCUUACCUCUCUGCUGCGUCGCCUCCAGACCAUUUCCAAAUUGGAUUUGAGCGAUUGUCGAUGGAGCAGCCUGCGGCGUCCAAGAGAGGCACAUGCAACUCGUGGUCAGGACGCGAGGUAGAGUCUGGUUCUGGAUUUUUUAGCUCUUACUCAUCAUCGCCCGCCAAGUCGGCUCCCAUCACUAUCCCUUCCUCGCAGUCUGGUGCAGAGCGCCCUCAGGUUGGAUCGACUAGCUAUGUUGAUCUCGUGGAUCGUUACUGCUUCUAUGAGCCCAGUCCUCAUUCGAGCCCCUACUCAAGCUACCCUAACUCGCCCCCAGCACCUUGCAUUCGAGGCUAAACAUGAGAUGUGUCGUAUUCUUUCGACUAUUCUCUCAUCCUCUUACUUGUUAGUGCCGUCUGCUCUUUAUUUCAUGUACAUAGCCCUAUCAUUCUUUUCGCCAUUCUUUAGGAUCUCCUCUCUUCGUAUCCUUGCUGUUUGCUCUACUUCUGUA